ACAACCCUCUCAUGCCACCCACUACAUCCUCCUCUAGCUCUCAUCAGCUACCAUCCCCAACCAUGUCCACCGCCGCCGCCGCCACCACUACAACCGAAGAACCGCCAGUCCUAAUCCCCUCCCUCCCAGACGACGUCGCCUUGAACUGCCUGGCCCGAGUCCCGCGCUCCCACCACCCCACCCUAUCCCUGGUGUCGAAACCAAUCCGGACCGUUCUCUCGUCCACUCUCUUCUUCACCGCACGAUCUCUCCUCCACUCUACCGAGCCUCUCCUCUACCUCUCUCUCCGCUCUCCUCUCUCUCCUUCCCUCUUCUUCUGCCUCACCUCCCGCCAUGAAAAUGAUCGAAUCCUCACUCCGGUCCCACCCAUCCCCUCCGCCCCCAUCGGCGCCGCCUACGCCGUCGUGGGAUCAACCAUCUACGUCAUCGGCGGUUCCAUCAACGACGUGCCCAGCGCUAACGUCUGGGCCCUCGACUGUCGCUUCAACAGCUGGCAACCCGCGCCGCGCAUGCGGGUCGGGCGCGAGUUCGCCGCCGCGGGAGCGGUGGACGGGAAGAUCUACGUGAUGGGCGGGUGCGUAGGGGACACGUGGGCCCGGUCCACACACUGGGCCGAGGUGUUCGAUCCGGGGACGGGGACGUGGGAACCGGUGGCGAGCCCGAUUGAAGUCCGGGACAAGUGGAUGCACGCGAGCGCGGUGGUGGACGGGAAGGUCUACGCGAUGGCGGACCGGGGCGGCAUCGUGUACAACGCGAAUAACGGAGAGUGGGAGAGCGUGGAGAGCGAGCUGGACAUGGGGUGGAGAGGGAGAGCGUGCGUGGUGGACGGAGUUCUGUACUGCUACGACUACUUGGGGAAGAUUAGAGGAUUCGAUGUGGAGGAGAAGGCGUGGAGAGAACUGAGGGGCGUGGAGAGAGGGCUGCCGAGGUUUCUGUGCGGGGCGACGAUGGCCAAUGUGGGGGGGAAGCUGCUGGUAGUGUGGGAGAUGAAGGGGAAGGCGGUGGAGAUUUGGUGUGCGGAGAUUGCAGUGGAGAAGAGGGAGGGUGGGAGAGAGCUGUGGGGGGAGAUUGGGUGGGUCGACAAGGUUGGCUUCUUCCCCAAUGGGUCGAUUAUCAUGCACUGCUUGGCGGCUGCAGUUUGAUGUAUUUGAAUGUGUAAAGGUGGAUUUAUCAAAACCAUUUCCAGUCAUGAAGAGUUGCUCAAUGAGUACCCUUGGUAUGACUGCUCUCCAUAUUGUAAUAUAAAGCCUGCGCUUUGUACCAUUUUCAUGAUUUGAAAUAACAAGAGUUGCUGCAAGAUUACUCUUCA